AUGAAUCUAUAUUGGAGAAUUCAAAAUGGGUCAAGUGAAAUGGAAAAAUACUUCCAAGCUAAAUACCAAUACAAAAAGGGUGAGUGGAUUAAGCAUUAUAAAAAGUCUUCCAUAUGGCCAGGGCUGAAAUGGGUUGCAAAUGAAGUUCAUGAACAUACCAGAUGGCUAGUAGGUAAUGGAUCAAAAAUUUUGGUUGGAAAAGACAUACAGAUUAAAGAAAAAGCACUUAAUGAAUUGUAUCCAGAUAAUCCUUUCUUACUGCAAUACCCUGACAUGAAGGUGGCUGAUAUAUUAUUAGAAGGUGAAUGGGUAAUACCUAAUGAAUUGCUGGAACUGUUUGAGGUCAAUGAGUUACCAGUUGUAAAUAAUGAUGAAGAUAAGAGGGUUUGGUGUGGCUCAAUAUCAGGGGAAUUUUCAGUGGCUUCAGCUGUGGAAUGUAUUAGAAAAAAAUAUCCAAAACAGAAAUGGACUAAUCAGGUAUGGAAAUCCUCAAUCCACCCUAAUAUUUCAAGCAAUAUAUGGAAACUAGUAAGAGGUGCAUGUCCCACUGGUGAGAAAAUGAGAAAAAGAAAAUUCUGUUUAGCUUCAAGAUGUGUCUUUUGCAAAAAUGCUAAAGAAACAUUGGAACACAUAUUAUGGAAUUAUGAUUUCAGUGAAAUUAUAUGGAAAUGUCUUGGAGAUAUGUUUUGCUUUGUUAAUCCAAGAUCUUUUGAAGGAGUUUUUAAAAUUGCUAAAGGAAAGAGUCCAGCAAUACAAGAGGUGUGGAAAACUACAGCUUUCAUCACCUUACAAGAACUGUGGUUCUUAAGGAAAAAGUGUGUCUAUGAAAAUGAGAAGAUAAAUGAUAAUAAACUCAAGACAAGAAUCAUGCAUUUUACUGCAGAUUGUGAUGUGGGAAUGAAGGCUACAAUGUGGAACUCAACAUAUGAUCUGCAGGUACUAAAAAAUUUUGGAUUAAAAUGUAGAAAGGUAAAAGCAACAAGAAUACAAGAACUUUACUUCUACUUUCCAGAAAGAAACUACUUGUUACUCUGCAUUGAUGGAGCCUCCAAAGGAAAUCCUGGGACUGCUGGAUUUGGUUAUAUUGGAAGAAAUAACAGUGGAGACUGUGUGAUUGCUGUGGCUGGUGGACUAGGAUUGGCUACAAACUAUUAUGCAGAAGUCGUGGUUGUCUUAUGUGCAAGGGAAUGGGGAAUACAAAAUGGGUUUUUCCAUCUAAUAUUUAGAUCAGAUACAUAG